CUUCGCUGGUUUGGCUUUGACUGUGAAUGUGUGGCUAGCUCUCGCUAUGCCCGAGCCUCCUCUGGCUAAGUGGCUGGCUGGCUGACUGACUGGUUGCUUGUUUUGUUUGCUUGCUUGUCUGCCUGCAUGCCUGCCCAAGUUGUAUUGAGUUGAGGAAAACCCGAAUGGUGUGUGGACACCAGAGUUUAGUUUAGUUUACGGUGCUGAGCGAAGCGGUUGAAUUUUGAUUUGGGAAAGAAGAAUUCGUUGAAAUCGUUGUUCACACAAUUUGUUUUGCUGUCUCUCUUUUUGAUUUGAUAAAAAAUGUUGAAGAAUUACAAAAUUGUGUGAACCUAAAACAAAAUCGAAAAAAAGAAGCAAAAAUAUUCAACAGAUAAUAGUUUUUUUUUCGAAAACGGAAUAAUUAAAACAAAACGGUUAACAAAAAAUAAAGUGGAGACAACGCAACGGGUUUUUACGAAUUUUCCAAAUAAAAAAGAAAAAAAAAAUAAGAAAAUAUGCGAAACAAAUGAGUUGAAAGAAAAAUGCUUGACUAAACGAGAAUUUUAACGUUGCAUUUUUUUACUAAAAAAAUAAAGUGUGCGUAAUUUGUUUGAAUUUUUAUAAACAAAUCAAAAGAAAUUUUGUAAACGAAAUAUAACUAAAAAAAACAAAAAUAAAUAAAAAUACAAUUAACAACCACAACAACAAUAACGAAUAAAAAAAAUACUGUAAACGCUUUGGAAUUUUUCAAUUCACUCAACAUCGUCCCCACCUCAGCGCAACGUGCUUUACAUCGACGACAAGCCCCAUAUCAGCAACAACAACAAAAACGACAACAAAAUAUCAAAACCUCGAUUUGUGGAUAUCAUCAACGCCAGCCUUUAUUUUUGUUGUCUUCGAUUCAAAACAAAAUUGUUUAUUAUUAUUAUUUUUUUUUAAUUCGGGGAUUAUGUUCGUUUCGACAACACCAAAAUGUUUGUAUAGAUCGAUGCAAACUAGUGCUGCAUUCGGCACUGUCUAAGACAAAUAUUUCCAACGAUUUUGUUGCAUUCAAAUAACGAUGCAGCAUGCGAGCGUUUUGUACUGUCAGCGCGCCAUUAGAAGUAUGCGCGUCCUCGGCCGAACAGCUAUCACCGGGCUCAAGAUUUUUAGCACUAAGGCUUCUAGGCAAUCAACAACCCAAAACCUUAUACUUCCUAGUCGAUGCCAAGAGUCGAGUCAGAGAAGUGUACACGCAGACAUGUCUACAUUUUGCCACACAAGGCAUGCUAGAUACCGAGCUGUUCGGUUUAGCGGUGCUGAUAGAUGGCGAAUACAUGUUUGCCGAUCCAGAGAGCAAACUAUCCAAAUAUGGUCCAAAAAGCUGGCGUUCCUCACACACUCAUGGUCUCGAUGCCAAUGGUCGACCCCUGCUGGAGUUACAUUUUCGGGUGCAAUUCUAUAUCGAGAGUCCGUUCAUGUUAAAAGAUGAGACGACACGACACAACUAUUAUCUCCAAUUAAAAUACAAUGCCCUACAGCGUGACAUACCAAGAGAAUAUGCCGAACAGUCGAUGAUAUUGCUGGCGGGUCUGGCAUUGCAGGCGGAUUUAGGUGAUGCCCCCAGUGGUAGCGGUGGUAGCAACAACAAUGGUGGUGGUGGUAAUACUAACAGCAAUACAUCUGGUGGUGUUAGCGGAGGUGUUGCUGGCAGCCUAAUGGCUGGGGAUUGUAAAACCUCCAGCGACAGUGGCCAGGGCGAUAAUAAUACGAAAAGUGACAAGAUUGGAGACCAACAACUAAAUAAAUCCUCGACCAGCACUACAACUUUGCCAAAGAUUAGUAAGCGAGCUAAUAUGGUAAAUGAGCGUGUUCUGCGGUUAUCCAGUUACAUGGCCUCGACCAGGGAAAAUAUUACGGGAAUGGAUGGUUUGAAACGGGUGUUGGGUGGAGCAGCGGGCAAAAUGCCAUUGUCACCCUCCUCUUCAUCGUCAUCGAUUAGCCGGGGUCCCAGCAAUGCCUCGACAAAUGCCUCAACGGUAUCGACCAAUGCCAGCUCUUCGUGUUCCGAUUAUUUUCGUUUGGAAGACUAUUUACCCGAGCACCUGAGAACCGCCUGGGCUGCCAGUGCCUUGAGGGCCUGUCAUCGUGAGAAUCGUGGCCUUUCACAAGCCGAUGCCGAACUCCAUUACAUACAACAGGCCUGCCUGGUCAAUGAAUGCAUUAAUGCCCACACCUUUCGCAUGCGCAUGAGUAAAAAUGAGCUAGGCCCAGGCAAUUCGUGGUUUGUGGUCUAUGCUAAGGGUAUUAAGAUUUUUGGUGGUGGCACCGGGCCAGAUGGCCAACAGCAACAGAUCACCUUCCUGUGGCCCAAUAUUACCAAGCUCUCGUUUGAACGUAAAAAAUUCGAAAUCCGUUCGGGAGAGAGUAAAAUCACCCUCUUUGCCACGUCGGAUGAAAAAAAUAAAAUGCUCCUGACCCUGUGCAAGGAGACGCAUCAGUUUAGCAUGAAAAUAGCGGCACGUCUCAAGGAAGUCAUCAAACGGGAAGAGGAGGAGAGCAACUGCUUGCAUGCCUGUUAUGUCUACUCGCGUAGCCUCCAUUUGCCAACGUAUAAAAAUAAAAGCGAUCAAAGGAUAUCUGUCAUUUCGAGUACCAGUUCCAAUACCACUUCGGGUAUUGUCAGUGAUCGGGUGCAUUCGGAGGAUGAACUGGAAAUUAUGAUCAACUCACCACCAGCUCCCAUUGCCGCACCGUCCACGGAAAGUUUGGCCUUGGCUCAUCUCUUGGAUCGGCCCAGUGUUAGCAGGCAAACUUCAUCGGUGGGGCAGGUUUCGCUGAAGGAUUUGGAGGAACAGCUGGCCGCUUUGACUGUGAGACAGGCCCAGAAGCAGAGGGAAUCGCCCACGGAAUUGAGUAACACCUCCUCGGCCGGCAACUCCACAUCGACCAGCGGCUCUUCAUCACUGCCCAUGGCAGCAGGGCAACGCAACAACACGGACUCAUCAACGGACUCACCAUCCUCCCAACACAAUAUUGGUUCACAAUGUUCCUCGACAUGCAGCACCGUUGUGGUGGCCUCUUCCACGGCCAAUGAUAACAACACAUCCCUGGCCACAUUGGCUGUACGAUCGAGUGCCUUAAAUUCUUCGGAUUCUAAUCAUCAUCACCACCACCAGAGGAAAAACUCCACUUCAUCUAGCCUGGAAUUGGGUUUCAGUCACACGGCACAGAAUUCCACUCUCUCCGAACCGGAAUCCACAUGUAUUGAUCAUGAUUUUAUGUCCUCCAAUCAGGAGGAAAGUGAAAGUGUUUCGGGUGUGUACACCUUGGCUCAUGCUGUCGCUCCCACGGAAACAUCUGGAGUUUAUACCAUGCACAGCAGUGAAAUGACGGGCCAGUCGUCCGAAAUGGCUGAAUCGGAAAAAAGUUCCCAUUAUGGAAUAUUUCAACCCUCGAACAGCGCCAUUGGCGAGGAUCAUAAGCUACAGGACUCUGUCGAUGGAGUUGGUGGAGUAGGCGGAGGCGGAAUAGGAGGUGGAGGGGUGGGAAAUUAUCGUGUAAAACGUUUGAAAAAUUCCGAUUUUCGUUUGCGUUCCGAUUCGAAUGUCAGCACCAGUGACUCCUUCCGCGGAGAUGGCAGUGAUCCCACAGAUAACAAACAUUCCCUGCUCUCAGCGGAGGAGCUGACGGAUCUGAUUGUGGGUCGUGGUUCUUAUCCGAAUCGCAAAACCGUUUCAAAUACUUUAGAUUCCGAUUGCGAUUAUGUUACACUGCCACUCUCCAUGUCGGGGGAAUCUUAUAUCCAAGGUCAUCAGGAUACGGCACCCACAGAGGAUCAUGUUGAGGACUUGAUAAGUGACCUCUUGCCCACCGAUCCUCCGGCGCCACCAAAGCGCGUGGACAGCAAUAUACCCAGUUUGAGUAACAUACAAAUGCGCUCGCCACCACCCUACAAUGCGAGGCAUAAAACCACAGGGCUGUGUGGACCACCCAUACGUUCCACAACAACAAGCACACUGGGCGCAAAUGCAGGCAAUGCCACACCAGUCUCCAUUUCGGCAACGCAAAACACCACACUUCCUCCAGCAGUGACGCCCUUGGCCGUGAAAUCAACGCCAUCGAAUCAUGUGCCAUUGAAUGCCACUACGGAAACGAAGCCUCUUCCGAAAAUAAUGAAUACACCCAAACCACCAACACCUCCCGCCGUGGCUGCGCCCACAGUUAUUAAACGCCGCAACCCACCACCAUAUCCCAUGGCCACCAAACCCAGACCAACAUCCCUUAUCUCUGUGGCCUCUUCAAGUUCCUCACUUAAUCAGUCCUCCCCCUCCAAUGGUUUCCCCAAUGUGGGUGGCUCAAUGACAUCCCUCAAGUCGGAGGAGAUCACCGCCCGUUUUAUUACCACCAGGCCACAAAUUAACAUCCUCAAGGCCCACACCUCGGUGGUAAAUGAGAAUGCCAAACCAAGCUAUGCAGCACCCACUAACUGUUCAUCGGCUGCCUCGUCCAGCGGUUCGGUGUGCAGCCAUCAUCUACCCAGUCAUUUGUCACAACUUUCGGUUCCUAAUUCCAAUUAUGUAAGUGGUUCGCAGGUAUCACUGAACAUGCAGCAAUUGCAUGGAGCAUCCACGCCCACAACACCCACCCAUUCGUCGACAAUGUCGGUGACCUCCAUGGGUCAUGGACAACAGGCUGGAGCAAGCGGAGCGGGAGUGUUGCCCAGUUCAAUGGGCGGCCUACCAAUGCAUCAUCCCUAUUCACUGCACGGUGGUCACAAGAGUAUGUCCUCUCUACAUCAUCACCAUCAUCAUCAACAACAGCCACCGCCACCACCACCGCCCUAUCCCUCGGAGCUGAAGCAGCCAACACCCAGGACAUGUGUUCUACUGCCGGUCAUAAAACCCCGACAAUAUUUACCACCUCCACCACCCAGUCUACCCCGGCAACCGCCGCCACCACCACCCACCCAAUUGGCCAGCUUGUAUACCACUCCCCUGGCCCACAAACAACUUGAACUCUACCAACAACAACUCUACAGCGAUGUGGACUAUGUCAUCUAUCCUCUGCAGGAUCCAGCCGUGAGUCAACAGGAAUAUUUGGAUGCCAAACAGGGCUCUAUGUUGGCGGCCAUGGCCCAAUCACCACCACCGCCGCCGCCACAUGCCCACCACCAUCAUCAUCCCUAUUUGACAGCAGCCUAUCACCACCACCAUCAUCAUCAUGCUGCGGCCGCCGCUGCCGUCUCCCAUCAGGCCUAUGAGGCAUGCAAAGGACAUGCGAUUUAUCGCAGCACACCCUAUCUGCCAUUGGCCUUGACCACCCAUUCACGCUACGCUUCAACACAAAAUCUUUCCGAUACCUAUGUACAAUUGCCAAGUGCCUAUUCGCCCAUGUAUAGUCCAUCGAUGGCCAGUAUCUGUUCAUCAUAUGAACCACCACCACCGCCACCCCUGCAUCCAGCUGCUGCCGCCGCUGUGACUGUAGUAAAUCCGUCGGGCUCAUCGACGGCCUCACUGUUCGCCCGAUCACGUUCAGAUGACAAUAUUCUGAAUACGUUAGAUUCGUUGCCGAAAGUGAAACGUUUGCCGCCUCCACCGCCGCCACCCUAUGUGGACAGGCGUUUGAAGAAACCACCAAUGCCGACGCCAACGGAGAAACCACCGCCAAUUCCAUCAAAGCCCACACCCUUAAGCCAAACUACAAGUAACAGCAAUAGUAGCAUUGCAGGACUACAACAAUCGCAAGAUUCAAUUUCAGCAUUCCGUAGCAGCCAAUUACCGCCACGCAAACCGAUUACCCUUAGCGUACCACGUGGCAUUAAUAGUCAUAUGACGAAGACAUCAAGUGGUGCCCAGUGGGCUGGUGAAAGACCCAAACAUGAUCUGCUCUUGGGUCGGUGUCAAGAGAGCAAUAUUAUUGCCCAGCUGCAGGCCUCAGUAGCGGCUGCCAAGCAACAGGCCAGUCGUACUGCACUGGCGGCAGGCCAAUCAAAUGGCGGAAGUAUCACCACUACAAGCUCUGGCGGUACUGGUACUGGUCAUUCCCAAACACCACCAAGUGAAUUUGACAUAGCCUUGCUGAGAGAGAAGAGUAAACAUUUGGAUUUACCCUUGAUAUCGGCCCUGUGCAACGACCGUUCAUUGUUGAAGCAAACCAAAGUUUUGGCUCAACCAGCCAAUAAAGGUUCAAAGCAAUUGAAGGAUGCAACAAGUGGCGGCGGUAGCAGUGGUGGUUCAACAAGUUCUACACCACCGGGAAGUAGUACCGAAAUUAAUGGUAAUGCCAGCAGCAAUGCAUCAAGUAAUGGCAGCAGCAACAAUGCCACAUCAUCGACAUCGGCAACAAUUGCCAUGGCCAGUGGCAAGGCUUUGUCCAGCUCUUCCACCAGCAACAACACCAACACCGGCACCACCACCACCACCAACAUGACCAAGACACGUAAAACUUCGAUACCACAUCGUCAUCCAAAUGAUAAAUUGCCUCCGCUGCCAAUGCAAUUGGCUGAGGCCAAUAAUUAUGUUAUGGAUCCGGCUGUAUUGAAACAUCAUAAAAGCUAUAAUUCUCAUACGUAAACGACAGAAACAUCAACAACAACAUCUGCUAACCGGUGGCCACAAGUGACAAUUUUCAUCAAGGUUUCAUAAUAAUACAAAAAAACAACAACAAAAGCAACAAACCCAAACCAAACUCAAAAUGAAAGGUAUUCGUUUUCGUUAAUAGUAGAUUCCUGACAAGAAGACAAAAAGGUCAUAAUUUAAUGUUGUUCCAUCCAUGGAAAAAAAAUGGAGGAAGGUAAGUGGAAUUACUCCUCCUCGCUGAACGAGAAAUUUAAGAGAGUAUGACAAAAUGUAAGUUGGUCCUUUUAUGCAAAGCAGAGUAAAGCAAGGCCACUAAGGACGUUAUGUGUGGACAUUUUAAUAUCAUCUCGGAGCCGUAAUUAGGUGCCUUGAUGAUGUUGAAAAAAUACACAUUAUGAUCUUGUUUGGUCUUGCUUUCCUUGAAUCCAAUAUUGAGAAAAUAUUUUAUAAAAAUUUAUUUCAAUCUUCUCUUCUGUGAAAAGAAGUUCGAAACGACGAGUUUUUGUGGUGGAAAUUAUAAGAUUUUUUCUAAAAAAAACACUUUGAUUUCAAAUUUCCUUUAAUUACAAAAAAUAUACCUUUUUUUUCCAUUAUCAACGAGAAGUCAGUUAGUACAAGUUUUGAAAACGAAUAAUUAACGAAUCGAAUCGCUUUAACCUUUUGAUAAAAGGAAACGAAAAUUGUUGCAGAGUCGCCAUGAUGAUGUUUCAGAGGCACCGUCCUAAAAAAAGAACUUAUAUCCCAAUUGAAAAACUUGAAAAUGUGGUUGCAUACUUUUGGGUGGGCGGUGUUGUCAACUAAAUGUUGCAUGCUUUUGGUUGGAAAUUUUUUUGAAAAUCAGAAAUGUGAAAAAUGAGGAGUUUUUUUGGAACUUUUCAAUUCAUUUUUUUGGUGGUAAGAAAAUUGAGAUUUACAGAUCUAUCAAAUCCAUUGCAAAGGCCAAAGAAAAAGACAUCUUAAAUUUGAAACGUAUUGAAAAACAAGAUAUACUUUUUGGUGUUGAUGAUAGCUGAAUGAAUCAUGCUUUUAGGUAGGUAAUUUUCCGAAAAUAAAAAUGUGAAAGAAAAUUGGGUUUUGGAUCGAAGAAGAAGAACAUUUAUUCCAACUACCAGAACCAAAUGGAAAAAAGAACUUAAAUCCCAUGAAGCUGAAUGAAGCAUGCUAUUUUUGAGGCUAUAAAAUGUGAAAGAAAGACUUUUUAUAGGAAACUUUUAAAUUUACUUUUUUAGGUAAAUAGCAAAACCUAACCCAAUCUCAGCUGAUGAACGAUUUUCUGCCUCUAGAAAAUUGAAAGGAGUAUUUGAAAAAAGGUUUUGAUAUUUGAUUUCUAUUCAAUUCAAAUAUUGAUUUUCUUAAUUUUAGAGCUGUAUCAAUUCCAGGGGAUAAAGAGAAAAAUCCCUGACGAAUAAGAAAUUCUAGCAUAUGGCUGAGAAAAAGUGCAUACUUUUAGGUUGAUUAUUAUCAUAGUCAGCUGAUGCUAAUGUAUUUCUCAUAUUUGGUCCAACAAGCUCCAAAUUCCAAAAUAACCCAGAAACUCGACAUCUUGAGUGCCUUGCAGUCCCUUGUUUCAGAUGACGAGUAAUAAAACAUGUCACAAACAAUUAGCCAUUAAAAAAAACGAAAUGUUGAGAUUUUUUAUGGCCAGGGCCGAAGAUUUUAUUCCCAAAAUUCGCUGCCAGCAUACGUUAAGUUGAGGCCGGUUUACACCUCUUUUAGGCGCUCCACACAAAUUUUUAAAGUUCAAACAAACUGAACUAUAUACCAUGAAAAAAUAUAUAAAUACGUUUCGUUGUAGUUUAAAAAAGUGCGCCUAAAAGUAUGUUACAAAAAUACGAAAGAUUAAAGUGGGAAAAAUGUAGAGAACCUUUCAGGCCACGACCGAAGUUUUUUUUUUCUAAAACUCUCUGUCAGCAAGGGUUAAGAUAAGGCCAGUUUACACAGCAUAUUAAAAUCAUAUGUGAAGUGACUUUUUCACAUUUUAAGAUUUAACAUUUUUACAGCAUACUUUUAGGCGCGCCAUACAAAUUUUAAGCUUCGUAGAAACGCUAUGCUAUAUGAACUAUAUACCAUGUAAAAAUAUAUUUAAACCAUAAAUAAAUACGAUUCGUUAUAGUUGAAAAAAAUUGUGUAGAACGCCUAAAAGUAUUUUAGAAAAAUACGAAAGAUUAAAGUAGGAACAAGUCAUUUUGCAAAUGACUCAAACAUGAUGUGUAUUCGAGCCUUUAAAAACUCAAAUAAAGGCAAAAUUUUGAAAUUUUUGUCGGUCAGAGCCAAUUAUUGAUUUUUAUGAAAAUUCUCGCUAAGACAGGGUAGUUGGAACAGUUGGGGUAACGUCAGACAAGACAAUUCAUAGUGCCACCAAGAAGAAAAAACAGAUAUACGUCCCAUCGACAAUAAAGUAUUUCUGUCAAAUAAAUUUUGGUCGAACAACGUGGUGGUGAUCCCUGUUCAUUUCUUCUUUUUUAUAAAAUUUUAAGAAAAAAGAAACAACAGAUUUAAGCCCCAUGGACAAUUAAAAAAAGUAUUCCUGACACGUAAAUUUUGGUGAAACAUCCUGGUGGUCUUCCCUGUUAAUUUUUUUUAUAAAAUUAUUAGACAGACGAAAAAACAGAUUUAAGCCCCAUGGACAAUAAAAAAAGUAUUUCUGACACGUACAUUUUGGUCGAACAACGUGGUGGUGAUCCCUGUUCAUUUUUUUAAAAAAUUAUCAGACAGAUGGCGGGCCAUCAAUCAAGUGACUGCAGUUAUACUGCACUCACUCCAAUUUAGACUAAGACAAUAAUUUGCUUAAACUCAGAAAAGUAAAUAUAAAUAUAGCAUAGUUUUAGGAUGCCUGCUGGUAAGUCAUCACAUGAUAAGAACAAAGAAAAAAAAUUCGAAAAUAUAUAUCUGAACAGAUGAUAGAUAACAAAUAUUAAUGCAACGGAUCAGUAUUAUAUAGUUGCAUACAUUUCAAAACCUUACUCGCAUCGCCAAAGUAAGGCAUACAUUUAGGUUGUACCGUAGACCCGCAACAAAAAAAAGUAUGGCAACCAUGUGAAAUCAUCAACAACAUUUACAGGGAUAACAUAUAACGAAUUUGGUUAGUAUUUUCUAAACAAUACAUCAUCUAUACUAGAUGAUGACCUGCAAAAAAAGAAAGAGUUCUUUAAUAAUACAUCAUCAUUAUAUGAUGCUUCUAUAUAUUAUAUAUAAUUUUUCCAAUACUUACAAAAAUUCUAUGAAUAAAAUGGAAAAAAGUUAAGUUUAAUAUUAAUUGUAAAUAACAACAAAAACAAAAAUAAGCAACAACAUUCCUAGCAACACAUAGUCAAGGCGUUAAGCGUUCCAACUUUAUUAACUGACUUUUCUGCAAGCCAUUUAGCUUUAAACAAAUUCUUUUAAAAAAAACAAUCCGUGUAAUAUAUAAACGAGAAAUACUACAAUAAUGUUGUGACAGACAAGAAGAGUUAUAUAUAAACAAAGCCAAUUUUAUAUAAUUAAUAAAAAUGGUAAACUAAACUACAAGACACAUACACACACAAUAACAACGUUAACCUCAAAUAAAAGCCGAAUAUACAUUAUAUGUAAUUUUUUAUUGAAAAGAAAAAAAAAACAAAAAAAUAAACCAGAAAACUACAACUAACAAACUAAAUCUAGUCACUUUUAGGAAGAAAGCCAACGACAACAACAACAACUACCAACAUAGAAAACAAAAAUAAAACUAUUCCAUUGGAAAAUAAACUGCAAUAAUACUCAAGUAUAAAAUACGGAUUAUUUCAAAUAAUUUAAAAAAUCAAUCAAUAACUUGCUUUUUUGUAAAGAAUUUCGGGAAACUUGUGUCAUACACAAGGCGCGCCAUGCCCUUUCUUUAUAAAAGAAACAAAAUCUUUUUUUUUUUACACGUAAUUAUUUUUUCUUCUCUGAAUCGUAACGAUUUUUUUAUAUGAAUUUAAACCACCUUGUCAUACACAUACAUUUGUUUUUUUUUUUAUCAAAUAUAUAAUAAUAUACAUAUACUCAUUAACUUAACGAACGCACACAUUCAUGCAAACACACACAUAUAUAUCUUAAUAAUUCCGCCCAAAACAACUGUGAUUGAAAUUUAUUUUUAUAGAUAUUUAUCGAAUAUAAUUUAUAUAUAUUUCCAUCAUAACUAAGCCUUUGCUUAAAAGUCAACUUAUUUAACAACAACAACAACAAUACUCUUUUAGAUAUUAGUUAUAUUUAAGGAAUUAUUUUGUUUUAAAUUUGAAAAGCCCAUUAGAAUUAUUGGAAAUUGUUAUAAAAAAGCAUUUAGGAGAAGAUAUUUGAAUUAAUGAAAGACAAAUGGUAUAAAAAUGAAGUAUACUUUUAGGAGUUGUGAUUUAAAAAGAAAUCAUGGAAAUCGUAUGUCUCAAAAACAAAUAGAAAAAAAAUCAGAUUUAAAGCCCCCAAUUUAAAAUCGAAGUAGAUUUAAAAAACUUAAUUGAUGACAAGCUAUUUAAAAUUGAAGCAUACUUUUGGGUAUAAUCAUUUUUUCAAAUGCAAAAAAAGAUAGUCAGGAUUCAGGAUUGAAGAAAGGUAAAUUUUAUAAAAUCAUAGCAUACUUUUUAAAGCGCAAAAAAUAGAAAACGAGAUUUAGGAGCAAACUUUUUAAUUUUAAAUUUAAAAAUUUGAUAAAACAAUAGCACAUUUUUUUGAGUUGAUUUUAAAAAGAAGUAGGAAAAUUGCUUCUGAAAAGGUAAUUAGGGAAAUCCGUAAUUUGAAAGAAAUGCACUGAUGAUAAGCCAAUUUAGAGUUGAAGCUUAAUUUUUAGGCGUUAAUUUAAAUUCCAAAAACAGAGAAAUAAUCCAAAAUAAAAAAUAGAGAACAAGAUUUUUGGGCAGACAUUUUAAAUAAUGGAAAAUAAAUUACAUAAAGUCGAAGCACGCUUUUUGGCGUUGGAAUUUUACAAAUAAAUGUGGAAUCGAAGCAUACUUUUAGGCGUUUUAAUUUCUUGACUGAAACAAUAAAGAAACAUUGAACAUUCGGACUUCAAGCUAAAGUAAAUAAAUAUCAAUUAGGAGAGCCAUAGCUUUUUUCAAGAGAUUUUUGCAUUCUCGUUAUCCAAGUUUUUGGUCUGAGAAAAUGUAAAGACAUAACUCAAAAAAGGCCGAUUGAAAAAUUGAUAUAGAUGCGAUUUUAUACAACAAAUAAUGAGGUUCAUAAGGUCGUCCUACCCUUGAACCAAAUUUGAUGCCAAAUAAUGGUGUCUAAAAAUGUAAAUAUCUCAUUUUUCCACUUACCAUCGUUUUUAACUAUUUUGCGUAGGUUUCCAUAGGCCCUCUUUAGGCGAGAAAAUUGCUUAUCGAUACAUAAAAAAUUGUCAAGACCCAUGUAAAAAUAAAGAAAUACAAACAUACAUACAAUAAGAGGUCUGCUUCUUCCAACGAGGCUCGACUCUAUGAUCGAAAACGACUUGAAUUCAAUUCGUCCAAAAAACUUUUACCUCAGCCGAUUUUGUCAACGAUAUUGAGGGCUAGCUAAUUGUAUAUCGAUGUCAGCCAAAAACGAUUUUUAAUUUUCGCAGUGGCAAUUCCAAUUUUUGUUUCUCAAAGCCUAAAAGUAUAAGAAAGUUAGAUUUUUAAAAUUUUGAGGAGUAUAAAAAUUUAAUAUACUUACGAUAAGUAAGAAGUAGCUUGAUUUCGUCGAAUUACAACGCUUUCGUCAUCGUCACAAUCAAAAACUUUUGACUACAGCUCUUCUCCUUAAAGAAUUGCAUCGCAUUAGAAUAUUCAGUUCUAAUUUCAAUUUUUGUUUCCACAAGACCUAAAAGUAUAACAACGUCUGAUUUUUAAAAUUGUAAGGAGAGUAACAAUUUCGUUUACUAACGAUAUGUAAUAUGCAGCCCUCUUAUGAUUUUCUGAUAACAAAAUUUCCACUUUCGAAAUUGCAAUCCAAAAAGUAUGCCAAUAGAUCUGUAAUUUAAAUAAUUUUUAAUUGUUUUUUUUUCAAAAAUUAUUUUUUAAAACUAAAAAAGGUUUUCAAAAAUAGAUUUGGAUCUAGUCUUUUUCAGAUUUUUUCCCCAAAAUUUGUUCAGAAAACAAACAUGCUAUAAUGUAUACUAAAAAAUCAUUUUGAAUCUAGUCUGCAUUAAAUAUCAUUAAAUUAAUCUAGUUUAACAUUCACAAAUCAAUUAAAAAUUAAAAAAAUUAUUUAAAAACUUAGAAUUUCAAAAAAAUCCAAUUUAUAUCUAGUCUUUCAUUAGUUAUUUAUCAUCUUUUCCAAGAAUCUUUUUUCUUAUUCAUAAUUCUAAGGGGCUUUUUGAAAAACAAGAAUUUCUAAAGAAAAACUCGAAAGAAACCUAGUUUCUCUUCUCCAACAAAAAAAGGAAAACAUUGAAUUUUUUUACAUCAUGACCUUUUUACAAUUUCUUAAAGAAAUUUAUAUUGAAAACGAAUAUUUCUUUUCAAACAAAAAUUGUUAUAUAUUAAUAAUAAUUUAAAAAACAAGAAAAACGCUAAAAAUAAUAAUAAAAUUACAACAAAAAAUGAAACUUGUGAGAAAAUUCUAAACUUGAAUAAAAAUUGCAUACAACUUGCCCCACCGUAUAAUAUACAUUCAAUGUAUGAAGAAUAUUAAAAGAAACAAAAGAAAACAAUAUUGAAAAAAUAUUAUAUUUUAUAUAGAAAUUAGUUAAGAAACAAAAAUAGCAACAUUUCACAUUUAAAAAAUAAUAACUUUUAUAAAAAGAAUUGUAAUAAUUUUCUUAAAACAAAGUAGCAAGAAAAACACGCGCACAACACAUUAAUUUGCAUAGGUUUUAUUUAUGAAAAUCUAUGGCUAAAUUGCUCCAAAAUGUGUUAGAUAAUGAAAUGGAAAUAUUAAAAAUAAAACAGAGUUAAUAUUAAAUAACAAAUUUUUUGCCAUAUUUUUCUAUUUAUUAUUUUCUUGUGUAAAACUAAUAAAUAAACAAAUGUUGCAUUUAUAUAUUAAUCAAAAUGAUAUGAAGAAAAGAAAAAAAAAAAAACAAAAUAAAAAAAUCUAUUAGAAAUUACUAAUCCAAUAAAAAGAGAAAUAUAUUUUUGUAUACGAUAAGUUUAUAUAUAUUAAAAAAACAAAUUUAUAAUCAAGGGCUGAAGAUAUUUCCGGGACUAUUCGAGAAAGGUUUUAUUAUUUUUUAAAGGCAAUAGAAUUAAAAAAAAACAAACAAAAAGGAAAUAGAGCAAAUGCAAAACACGCCUUAAAGUAGGCUUUACAUUUGUUAGAAAAGCAUCAUUUCAGCUGAGCAAAAUUUAAAUGACGGGCAUUAGUUUUGUGAUUUCCAUA